CGCAUUUCUUUUAAUGCUGGUUGGGUGCCAGCUGUUUGUGGUACUCUUGUACACCUUUAAAUUUAAUUUAUAUGCUUUUAUCGAAGCUUUAUAAGAAUGAAAAUUUUCUAGAACCCAAGUCUGAAACAAUAUCAGGUGUGUGCCAUCUCUCUCUCAUCUCUCCCUUCGCAAUCUCUUCCUUCGCCAUCUCUCUCCCUUUGCCAUCAUCAUCUCUCCCUUCGCCUUCCUUCGCCAUCAUCUCCCUUGCCAUCAUCAUCUCUCCCUGCCAUCAUCUCCCUUUCGCCAUCAUCAUCUCUCCUUCGCCAUCAUCUCUCCCUUCGCCAGCAUCUUCUCUCCCUUCGCCAUGGCUCCCCCACAAAAGAGUCAAACCACAAAAGAGUCAACCCACAAAAGAGUCAAAAGGCUAAAAACCCACAAAAGAGUCAAACCACAAAAGAGUCAACCCACAAAAGAGUCAAAGGGCUAAAAACCCACAAAAGAGUCAAAAAUCUAAAAACCCAAAAAUACAAAAAUCUAAUAAGAAAACGGUUCUAAA